AUGGGUUAUAUUCAUAAAGAAUACUAUAGUGCAAAUGCAAGGUAUUUAUCAGAUGAGGCGAUCAAAGACUUUAAAAUAUCAUUCGGUAGAGGCAAGUCAUUAGACAAUUCUUCAAAUCAUGGCUCUUUGAGCUUACAUACUUCAGUUAAAACUUCAGAUAGACAGAUAAAAAAGAGGCAAUCAAAACCCAAAUCUAUUCGAGUUUCUGAUUUAUCUACUAUUAAUGAUACCUAA